CGACGACUUCCCAUUUGCCGCUUAGAACACAGAAAAAAAGGCCGGUGUCGCUUACAUCCAUAAAACAGACAAUGUGUGACACGUUCAGAAGUCUUUUGCUGUUAUUUUUUGUUUUCUCACUUUGUCAUGUCAUAAAUUCCUCUGAUGUGAAACAAGUGACUACACAAGAAUUCCGUGAAACCAUAGAAAAGGAAAAAUAUGUCCUAGUUUUGUUCUAUUAUGAUACAGCUACUUGUACACGAUGUGCUGAUGCUGAGAAAGAAAUUGAAAAAGUACAAACACCAGAAAUGUUUGAUCAGGAAAUAGUAAAGGUGAAAUGUGACGACCCUGGCACUGCCGUUAAGUAUGGUGUACACACAGUACCACAGCUUAUAUUCUUCAGAAAAGCCAGUCCAGCAUUGUAUGAAAUUCCUGAGGACACAAGAAUUAUACUAUGGGAAGAUGUAACACUCUGGUUAGAUAAUGCUAAAAAGAUUGCCACCCAGACUCUGUACGAGGACUCAUUUGAGCACCUGACACAAGCAUCUACUGGGGCCACAACAGGGGACUGGCUUGUUAUAUUUUACAAUUCAGCUUGCCAGAGCUACCUGUCUGCAAUAGAAGGCGCUGCCAUAGAAUUAAAACAAAGAAUGAAUGUGGCCAAAGUUGAUACAGAUAUAAACCCAGUACUGGCCACAAGAUUUGGUGUCAAGGAGUGUCCUACCACUUAUUUUUUCAGACAAGGUAAAAUGUACCUGUAUUUCUCUGAUGACAAGAACCACUAUGAUAUCAAAUCUCUAAGAUUGUUUGCCACCAGCUGGUAUAAAAAUGUGAAGGCAGUCAAAGUUCCUAGUAUACCUACAUACUUUGAGAAGCUGACAGAAUCAAUAGCCAUGAGUUUAAAGGAGAAAAUGAAUAGUCCAAAGAGGAACCAGUUCCUGAUAAUAGUAGGAAUAGUCAUGGCAGUUAUAGCAUUUAUUGUCUCCCUUGUUGUUGUUCUCUGUUCAAAACGGAAAGAUGUGAAAACUGAAUAAUACAAGUGAAGAGAUCCUGGUAUGAAUGAGGAGUUAUUGUUAUGUUUAAUUGAAGAGAGGAGUCAUGGAAGAUAAUGUUGACACAAAUAAAAGAUUUGAAGAAUGAAUUUAGUUCAAGAUAAUAAGAAGCUGACACAUGUUUUAGAAAUGGUUAUGUGUUUCUUAGUCAUUGAAGAUAAAUGCUUCAUUACUAAGAAAAUAAUGAGGCAGGUCAUAGUUGAAUUCCAGUUGUGAAUCCCUUCAUUAUUCAAUACAAGCUCUUACUAGUAUUUGCAUUGUAUAAACUAUAGUUCUUGUUUAAAUUUUUUGGUUGAGCAGUGGCCAUUGAUGUUACCAAUCCAAAUUUGAAUCAUGUCUUAAAUAAUAUAGAAAAAAACACACAAUAGUAGAAAUUCUCUUUACAGAAAAACAAAUCAUUUGCUAUUGUUCAAUUUUUUUGUGGCUUUUUUUGUCGUCUGUAUCAAAGAAAAAUGUCGCCAAACUACAAAAAUAUUAAACUGAAACAAUAUUAAUUACAAAAAAUAUUGUAAAUUCAGAAAUGUUAAGAUAUCCCAAUAAAUAGAUUUUUCUGCUUUAUUUUAGCAAUUUCAAUAUUAAAUGCAAACACAAUGUUCUUUUUUUUACAGUUAAUAGACUUCUUUUGUGUCCAAUGAUCUUCAAUCAGCAUAAAAUGUGUAAAUGGGUUUCUGUCUAGUUUAUUUAUUGGUGUUUAAUUAAUAAUAUCUUAUGUAGACAUAGAUAAUUUGAAUAGUCUAAUUAUCAGUUUAUAAAGUUAUAAAAUGCUUAGGUAGAUUCUUUGAGGGAUUAAACAUUUGGUGGUGGAGUAAUUAAGAUAAAAAAUUGAAUUAUGAGGUGCUAAAAAGUUUUAAUAAUUAUUUUGCUUGUAAUCAAGUUUAUUAAAUGUUUAUUUGAGAGGGAGUCAACUAUACUUUUAAGACUGUUGUAUAAUAUUUAUAUUAUACAUGUUCUUUCAUUUGUUAUUAGACAUUUUUGUUAUAUAUUAGCUGUUCAUUAUUUGAUGAGAAAUUGAAUAUAAAAAAAGAAGAUAUGGUAUGAUUGUUCUCAUUUAUG